AUGAAUUAAAAAAUAAAUUAUUAAUGUGAAAUGAUAGACUUCAUAAUUUAUUAAUAUAUAAAUUAAUUAAUUAAUAUUUAAUUAAAUAAAAUAAGAAAAGGAAAAAGAACAUAAAUUUAAAUAUCAUAAAAUUUAUAAAUUAUUUUUUAAUUUAUAUAAAAUAAAAAAAUUAUUAUUAAAAAUUUUAAAUUAAAAAAAAAAUAAAUAAACAUAUUAAAAUAAAAUAAAAAUUAUAAAUUAAUUAAGUAAUUAUAAUUUUUUAUUUAAUUUUUAAUAGUAGCUACUUAGCUACAGAAGAAAAUUUUAUCAAAUAGCAAUAGUAAAACUCCAAUUUUUAUUGAAGUGACAAAUGAUUAUUUUGGUUAGGCAAAAAAGAAUAUCAAAUAAUAAUCAAAAUGUAUAUUGCUUAGAUUGCUGUGA